CAUAAUAUGGCGGCGAUGUAAACAAAUCAUUAUUUGCAUUGUUUUAAUAACAUUUUCGCGUAUAAAUUCAACAAUAUGAGUGAUAUCGAUGAUAUAUUCUUAAAACUAGAAAUAUCGGAGCAAAUCUUCAAAGAUAUAAGAUACUACACAACGGGGGAGGUUCAUGAUAAGAUUGUAAAUAUAUUAAAACUUGGAGGUGCAGAACAUCAAAACUACAUUUCAGAUUACGUUACGCAUCUUAUAGUGGGGCAUAACCCCGAAGAAAACGAUAUUACUGAUGCUAAUGAUUUAUAUGAAAUACCUGCUAUAACACCAAAAUGGGUUCUUAUGUGCGUCCGAUUACAAAAACGUUUAGACACUACUCCUUAUUUAUAUCCAACAACUCCCAGACUUUUUACUGGACAUAUAUUCUGUUUCUCUAACAUUUCUGAAGAUCGAAAUGAAUUAUGGGGCCUAAUAACAUAUAAUGGUGGACUUGUCUAUAACAAACUUAAUAGAGAUUGUAGUUUUUUAGUAACUAAUGUAACUGAUAGUGUUAAAUAUCAAAAGGCUGAAUCCUUAGGGCCUGAACGCAUUAAAAUUGUAACAUCGGAUUGGAUUGUACAAGCAGUUAAAAUAAAUAGUUUUCCAGAUCCAGCCUUAUUUCAUCCUAAUCUAAUAAAUUGGCCAAAACCGUUGAAAUUACAAGAAUCUACAACGGCUAUUACAGGUUUCGAUCCAGAUGUUCCUGACUGUGAAAUAAAGAGUGAAGAAAAAACUAUACCUAACUCAACUCAAGCGUUAUUGGAGAAAUUAAAACAACGUAUGCCAUGGAAUCAGCCCCCUAGCACCUCAAGUACUUCAGUUACUAGCAGUAGUGAACCUGUAGCUCCUCCUAAUGUUGUGGCUCCUAGUUUUUUGAAUAAGUUGCAACAUAGUCAAAAUGUCCAAGGUGUUACAAGACCUACAGGACAAAUAUCACAGGCUUCCAUGCUGCCUAGUUUUGGAUCAACAGGGCACCAGUCAUCUAAUCAAAUACCCAGAUCUGUUGCACAUCACAAUCUAAAUAGUCAACCAAAUCAACAGUCAACUCUUCAACAAAAUUUAAAUCGCUUAAUAGGAAAUGCUACAGCAAGACCGAAUAGUCUACAGUCAUUAAAAGGCCAGUUAAAUACAUCUCAGAUUCAUCAACAAUUGAUGCAGCAAAGAAUUCAACAACACAAUCAACAAAACAUUAUCCAGAGAACGUCUUCGGGCCAAAUCAAUAUCAAUCAGCAAUUGUUACAGCAACAGUUAAGUCAGGGACAAAGACAAGCUUUACAGAAUCAACUAAUGAAUCAGCAAGGGUUAAUUGGUCAGCAAAAUGUUCAACAAAAUUUAAAUCAGGAUGCUCAGAAUCAGAUUAUGUCCCAGCAACACCAGCAAGUUAGUCAGUCAAGUCAGUUAAACAAUCAACAACAGAAUUUGUUAAAUCAGCAAAACCAAAUAAACCAGCAGAUGCAGGUACAAAAUCAGGUGAUGGGAAUGCAACAGAAUCAGCUAUCGUCCUCCAAUCAGCAACAGAUGCUAAACCAAAAUCAGUCAAACCAACAGAUGCUUGGUCAGCAUCAAAAUCCUGUGAUUAGUCAGGCAACCAGUCAGAACCAACAAUUAAUCAAUCAGCAAUCUCAACUUCUCAGCCAAAAUCAAUCAAGUAUAAUGUUAAAUCAGCAACAGAAUCAGCUUUUGGGCCAGGCACAAAUCCAAAACCAGCAAAAUCAACUAAUCAGUCAACAUCAAGGUCAGAUAUCUAACCAAUCUCCCAGUCAAGGACUACAAAGUCAGCUAAUGAAUCAGUCACAAGGUAAUAUGAUCAGUCAGACACAAGUUUCCUUACAGAACCAUCUCUUAGGUCAGCAAUCACCACAAAAAAUAGUUACUUCUCAAGCUCAGAGUCAGAUCAUGAGCCAGAAUCAGCUUUUAAAUCAGCAACUUCAACAAAAUCAGAUGUUAGGCCACCAGAACCAGGUUUUGUCUCAGAAUCAGCAAAAUCAGAUAUUAAGUCCACAAAAUCAGUUUUUGAAUCAGCAAAACCAGCUUUUAAAUCAGCAAAAUCCUGGUCAAACUAGCCAGUCUAAUCAAGUAAUUGGAUCGAAUCAGUUAUUAAAUCAGCAGGUUAUGUCUCAGGAGAAUCAGCAUCAAACAAGUCAGGCUAAUUUACUAAAUUUGCCAAAUUUAUCCCAAAAUCAGCAUUUAAAUCAGCUGAGCCCGCAACAAAUCCAACAAUUACAGCAAAUGAAAAGGGAACAGUUGCUGAGUCGAAGUCAGAGUCAAAACAUGACUAUAGGUCAGAAUAAUAUGGCUUUAAGUCAGCAAGGAAUUUCUGGUCAGAGUCAGAAUCAGAAUCAACCCAUGCAUAGUCAGAGUCAGCAAUUAGUGAAUCAACAACUAAUUGGUCAGUCCCAACAACUUCUACAAAAUAACAGAGUUAUUCAACAACAAAACAUAAACCAAAAUUUUGGUCAGCAAGCUUUAAAUCAGCAUAUACUAUCUCAAAAACAGCAACUACUUGUCCAGCAACAAAUUAAUACAAGCCAGCAACAACAAAUCAUUCAAACUCAAGGAAACUUAACUAACCAGCAACAAUUUGUGAGUCAGGCACAGUUUGAUUCUUUGCAACAACAAAAGUUAAAUCAAAACAACCAGAAUCAAUUAAGUCAAACAACAUUAAAUCAGUUAAACGUUCAAGCCCUUAACCAGCAGUUGAACAGUCAAAAUUUGGGUCAGCAAUUAAAUCAGCAAUUAAUGCAGCAAAACCAGCAAAAUUCGCUGAAUCAGGGUGGUAUCAAUCAGCAAGGAAUGAUUGUUGAACAACAGGGACUGGGAGGUCAAAAUAUAGGGUGUAUUAAGCCAGCAAAUAGUUUAAACUCACAACCGAAUUUGCCUCAGCAAGGUAUGAGUCCGUUAAAUCAGCAAGGACAAAUAAAUUCGACUAUGAAUCAGCAAGUUAUUCGAGGACAGUUUCAACAGCAGCUGUUGGUAAAUCAGAGUCAGCAAAGUUCUCAGGGUGCAAUUCAAAGACCGCAGUUGAAUCAGCAACAGAUUUGGGCUCAGCAACAACAACAAGGAAAUCCUGUACAAGGCCAACAAAUAAUCCGCCAUCCUGUGAAUGUAGCCGUUCAACAGCCCGGCAAUGUUGGACAGCCUAGGAUACAGUGGCCGCAAGGACAACAGCCUGGGAUGCCCCAAAGACAGUUUAUUCAACUCGAUGCCCACACUCAUAAUCAACUUCAAAAGAUGCCUCCAGAGCAACAAGCUCUAUUUGUGGCAAGGUUACAGAAACAGAGACAGCUCCAGCUGGCAAAACAAGUACCUCAAAGGGCUGGAGGUCAUAUUCUGAUUAGAGGUAAUGUUCCACCUGGAUUGACAGCUCAACAACAGGUUCAGUGGUUACAACAACAGGCUAAGCAACAGGGAAUUGUGCUGCCACCCAAUUUGCAACAAAAUAUUACUCCAGGAACCAUCACACCUCAGCCAGGACCCUCCUCUUCAAUACCUCAAUCGCCUCAUGCUCCAGGUUUGAGUCCAAUAAACCAAAACUCUGGCCAACAAUUCGUUGGUGACCAAGCCCAACUAAGGCAGUAUAAGCUGCAACAACUACAAUUACAAAGAGAACAAGCCCAAAAGAACCAUUUAAAUCAGCAAGGUCCAUUGACUCCGCAAGCUCCAGUAAGACCAACUAUUGGUCAGCCUGCUGUUGCUGACUCUACUACCAAUCCCCAGGUUCAGGUUAAUCCUAAGACAAAGACAGCACUGGCUAAUAUGCUGAGUAUUAAGCUCCAAAGUGGAGGAGCUAUAGGUCCGGCAAGAACUGAAGGGUUGCCAGAGCCCUCUGCUGCUGGUACCUUAAGAAUGAUGACGGCUCAACAUAACGCUGCCAUAAAUUCCAAACCGCAAGAGAUAAUAACUUUGCAACAGCGCAGAGUCAUUAGCGGGCCCAAUGGAGAGAUUGUCAAGCCCCCUGGCGUUCCGGCGUUGCCACUAACUCCUCAAAAUGAUCCUCCUAAACUGCUCAGCCAGAAAGCAACGGUGCCUGUCCAGCAUAGGGCUGGACCCUUCUAUGGACACAAUCCAAACUUGAAAUUACCUCCAGAUCUAUUCUUGCUUGGAUGCAUUUUUGUGGUUGUGGAGGUUGAAGAGUAUUUAGAGGAAAAUUUGCCGGGCUGGCAACAGAAAAUUGAAAAAUAUGGAGGUGAAGUCGAAAAACAAUAUUGCAACAGGGUUACCCACGUUUUGUGUGAAACCCAGAGACAUGGUGUCGUCAUGCAAGCGCUUAGAGACCUUAAGCGGUGCGUCACUAUAAGAUGGUUAAGUGACGUUUUAAAAACCAAACAGGUUUUACCUCCAUGGACGGCACUUCAUUUACCUCAGAUAUAUUUAGACAUAACACCCGCAUCAAAGCAUUUAGUAUCUAUUAGUGGAUUCGAAGGAAAUAUACGUCAAAUCGUGAAGCAAAUGAUCCACUAUACUGGGGCAAAGUGUACUACGUACUUCUCCAAGCACAACACUCUUUUGAUCUGUGGUAAGACUGAAGGUAAGAAAUUCAGCCAUGCUAAGAAAUGGGGGAUUCCCACAGUGAACGUCCAAUGGCUCACGGACAUUAUUUUGGGGAAUUUUUCAGCCAUGAACCAGAUGGAUAAUCAGACUUACCAAAAUUUUUCAAAUCCGCCAAAUUUGAGUUUUGAUCCAAAAUUAGUGCCCAACGUUAUGCAUGCUUGGAAGUCUCCGAUAAAUAUCUCACAAGAAUUAUAUGAAAGGGUAAAAAGAUCGUCCUCCCCUGUAGUACUGCCAAAAUUGAAGAAACAAAAAACUGAGCACACUGACGAAAACGAGAAUAUUACUGACGAGAUCACUGAUUCUGAGUAUAAAAUUUUGUUUACUCAAUUUGAGACACCUAGAUUGAAGGAAUUGGAAAAAUUAGUCAGAGAACUAGGCGGAAUGGUUUCAAAAAGCUACAAAGAAUUCACCCACUUGGUAGUACCGAAAUUAUCACGCACCCACAAGUUCCUUUUUGCCAUCUCAAAAUCGUGCCAUAUAGUAUCCGAAAAAUGGCUAGAAGAAUCGCAUUCAAUGAAGAAUUUCCUGCCGGAACUUGAAUUUGUCCCUUGCACUGACGAAUUUAAUCAAACUUAUAACGUGUCUUUGGAAAGGACACUACAAACACUGAAUCGUGAUAAAAUUCUUGAAGGGAAAACUUUCUGGCUAACACCCAGCGUAUAUCCUACUAAAAGGAUUGUUUCCGACUUAAUAGAGUCAUCUGGAGGGAAGUUAGAGCGAAUAAGACGAAGCAGAGCUCAAAUAGAAGCAAUGAACACUGCGUCUCCUCUGUCUUACUUUAUUUUGAUUGCUAAAGAAGAUCUGCAUCUUGUUGCUGAUCUAUUGAAGAACAAGAAGGAUAAUCAAAAAGUGAUUUGCAGUGUUGAGCUGGUUUUUAGUGCUGUUCUGAAGCAGAAUUUUGAAGUCGAGCCCUAUGCUGUUAGUGUUGUAUGAUCGUCAAAGAGGUUUAGGAAGAGACGGUAACUAAAUGUGUCAAAAUUUAGGUUCAGUAAAGUUAAGAAAGAAACCUAAAA